UUGUAUAUUUUGUAUUAUCAGCUCUUUAGUGUAAUCUACAACAUCAUCAUAUAUUCAUUACAGAAAGCGCAGUUAUGAUAAGGAGAAUAGCAACAGUAACAUGAAGUGCACAAGAUGGAGUUUGGGUGGUGAUGUUAGCACAAACCCUCCACUGCUGGCAGACAUGGGUUUGUCAAUACUUCAAGAUGAGGAGAGUAUAGGAGGACCCACACCUACACCACCUGUCACACAAGUUAAUGAAGACAAACCUCCACCUCCUCCAAAGGUGCUACAACAAACUAAUCAGAAUGUACUUAGUCAUGGAACCUUUCUUCCUGAUGACUCUGGAAAUGAAGAAGAAUUUUUUGUUUAUAAACGUAGAAGAUUAGAUGCUAUUGGAGGGGAUGAUAAAUUUAAUCGAAUGUCAGAUGAGUUGAUUUUGUCAGUUUUCCGAUGGCUUCCAAAGUUCAUGUUGGCUAGGUGUGCCCAAGUAAAUAGAAGAUGGAAGAGAUUAGCAUUUGACGAAACGCUAUGGCGAAGACUUGAUCUUGGAGGAAAGACACUUAAGCCUGGAGUUGUAGGCCGAGUCAUUCUCAGAGGAUCCAGUGUUCUCAGACUGGCUAAAGCUGAAGUAAGUCUUCACUGAUGAGUGCAUUAUUGCCACAACA